AUGUUUCAGAUUGAUUUGGGUGAUUUGGAAUUUGUGCUGAGCAAAACUUUUGACCUUAUCUCGCCAAAUGAAAGAGUUGGUUGGGCUAGACCGAUUGAAGCAGACGAACAAUUGGCUUUAACACUCCGUUGUUUGACUACUGACGAGUCAUUCAAAUUACUAAGCUUCCAGUACCGCAUUUUAAUGAAUGCAGUGUCUUACAUCGUGAAAGGUUGCUGUAAAGCUGUGGUUAAAAAAUUCAAAGAACGUUGGAAUUUCCCACACGGUCUUGGUGCGAUCGACGGGAAACAUGUAAGAAUCCAAACGCCAAACAAUAGCGGAUCAAUUUAUUACAACUAUAAAUAUACACACUCUAUAUUUUGGAUGGCUACCGCAGGUCCGUCGUACGAAUGUUUAUUUGUCGAUGUUGGUUCAAACGGGAGAGUCAACCAUUCUGGAAUCUGGAAUCGAACCGUCCUUCUUCAAGGAAUUCAGUAUGAAACAGUUGAGCUUCCAGCUGACGCAAAGCUUUCGAAUGGUGAAAGCGCUCCCUAUGUGUACCUCGGGUAUGACGCUUUCGCUCUUAAGAAAUUUAUGACAAAAGAUUUUCCUCAACAGGGCUUAAACUAA